AUGCAUACCAGCAAAACAGCACUCCUUAUUGGCGCUCUGGCCUUGAAGGCUACCGCCGCACCUUUCAUCACUAUCAACUCCGCCUCCCUCCAACCACGUGGCGCCGACAUCUUCAAGCUCCACUCAGUCGCAAUCUACGGCGUUACCAGCGAUUUCCACAUGGUCGCCUACACCGAACCCACCAACAUCAAACCAGGCCACCAAAAGAUCAUCCACGCCCCUUACUACGGCAUUGGCCUCCGCCUCUCCGGUCACGCUGAAUGGGGCACUGAUGGCCAGUGGGUGAACCAAGCGCUUUUCGAGUUCGGCUACAGCGAGUACGCUGGACAGACUGGCACGGCGUACGAUGUCAGCAUCAUGGAAGGCAGCGAGGGCGACAUUGGACUCGGUGCGUAUCCGAUUCCUAAUGGCCGGGGCAGCGAGACUUGUCGUUCGCAAAGCUGUUGGCCGUGGUACUGUCCGCUUGACCAGGGCUGGACGAACCCUAAUCAGAUUGAUGAUGGGAGUACAGCCGAUACCGUCUGUUAUCACGGCAAGACCGAUUUCAAGAUUGUGUGGUGCCCGUAG